AUGCAGCAGAGAGACAGCAUGAGGGCCCCCCGAACCUACGGCGUCUCCCCGGUGGCCCUCCCCCAGCAGCAGCAACAGCAGCAGCAGCAGCAACAGCAGCAGCAGCAGCAGAACACUGUGCCGGAGCUCCCGGCAGCCUUCAUUGAGGCCUUUGGGCUCCAGAACGCUUCGGCGCUCCUGUGGGGCAGCGCAGCCCCUCAUAGGGCAGCUACGGGGCCACAACAGCAGCAGCAGCAGCGGCGCAAACAGCAGCAGCAGCAGCAGUCGCUGCUGCAGCGGCCGCGUCGGGGCUCAGUGAGGCCGCAGCAACUGAGCAACUCCUCUGGCCGCCGCCAAAGCUACAUGAAGCCGCGGUAG